UUAUUGGAGGAGCGCGGUGCCGAUGCGGUCAUCUGCUGAGCCUCACCACACAACGAAUCUAGAUCCGUCGCGUGUCAGACGGACUUUCUUUGGAGGCGCUUUCCGUCAUGUGGACCGUUAUGUAUGAUGCUGAUGCGGAUUCUGGGGAUGGCCUGAUCCGCGUCGAUCCGCACAUCUGGCGGAAUGAGACUUCACGCUGUAACCGCCGCUCUGCUUUUCCUGCUGAUGGCGUCAAUGGGAGCAGGAGCAGAUUUCCAGCAUCGCGGAGCGCAUGCGCUGGAUCAGCAACAACCAGUCCGACCAAGUACUCAUCCACUACCGGCGUCAAAGCCCGCGCCCACGCUCGUGCAAGAUACAGAUCUCGAGCAGAAAGGCCGCACCGCGUCGAUAGGCACGGGGUCUGCGGAUCUUUCGACUGCGAGAAUGGCUGUCGCGGUUGGGUUGGCGGGAUUGCUAUUCGCACUGGGCAUGGGCGUGUGAGCGCGAGGAAGCGAACUGAAUGACGUUACGAAGACACGACACGAGCAACGAGCAUUCA